AGGGGUAGAGGAAGAGCUAAUAUUUACUCUCAAACUCUUUACAGAGGAAACAGACUAGGCUCUGUAAGAAGACAAAAUCUGUUCCACUCUGACUAUGAUUCCUGAUGGUAGUUGUUGGCAAGGCCGUAGGAGUCCUCUUCCUCUGUGAAAAGAGUUGUAAUGCUGUGUGUGUGUUCCAUGACACUGCACACACUCGCCUGCUGUUCACCCACUGCUCCAUUUGUCUUUGCCCUCUCUGUAGUCCACAGGAAGCACUGGCCAAAUAGGUUUGGGGAUCAGAGACACACAGCAUCUGUUCAUUGAGUGUGACAUGUAGCCAGAUCAUUCUGUCUGAUUCUUGUCACCCACUCGCAUUCCUGAUUUCUCUUUGUUACACAAGUCUUCAGUUAUUUCCCAAUUUGUAUGCAGAAAUGUCCCUGUCAUUGCCAGGGAAUAAUAUAGCCACUGAGGAUGCAUUUUGGCAUUUAUUUGCCACAUCAAGGAGGUUUUUUAUAAAAAAAAAUUAAGUCAAAAGUUACAUAAUAAAAUUUACUGUACAGGCAGAAUUGUUCAUGACAACAUCAGCAUUAGGGCCUGCCAGAAGGCACCUCUAAACAAAUCCCUCAGGUCAGAAAAAGUGGAGGUAUGGAACAUGCUUGUAUGUCCUAAAUGGAUACCAUAUGCAGUGAGAGAGGCUAACUCACAGUGAUGAUUUUCCAGAGUCCCUGGAGACUUAAUCUGAUUAUGUUGUCAUAAUGAGAAUCUCUUGUAGCUCACUUUGUGCCUCCCUGAACAAGACCAUUUUGUUUUACUUUAACAUUCUGAAAUGUGCCAGUCCAGUAGUGUUAAUUAACCUGCAGUGCCCUACAACACAGCUUUGUGUCUCAAAGUGCCCAGACAGGUUUGCAACCUACAUUGAUGUUCAAGCUUCCUACAGAUAUAGGCCAGAUCAGUGGAAUUACUUCAAGCAGUACUGCAAACCUGGUUUUAACAAUCCUCGCAAGUCUGUUGCUCAAGUCCUACGUGAUGAAGAUUGUCCUUCGAUGAUCAUUCCAAGCAGGCCUUUUCUUAAGAGAUGCUUCCCAGACUUCUCCACAAAGAAUGGUGUCCUAACUGUGGCAAACCAGACUACGUUCAAAGAUGGAAGAGGGAAAACAAGAAAUGUGACUGAUCUCAGGGAAGCUGCAAAUGGUAUCAACAAUGUCCUGGAUGCAAGAUCAGUUGGAAUAAAAAUUUUUGAAGAUUAUGCCAUUUCUUGGUAUUGGAUAUUAAUUGGGCUGUUCAUUGCAAUGAUAGUGAGCCUGCUCUUCCUUGUGCUGUUGAGGUUCACAGCUGGGGUUCUCUUCUGGAUUUUCAUAUUUGGUGUGAUUGGAAUUAUAGGCUAUGGCAUCUGGCAUUGUUACUGGGAGUAUGAUCAUCUCAAAGGAAUACCUGGAUCUGACCUCACUGUUUACGAUAUUGGAUUCCAGACAGACUUCCGAGUGUACCUACAACUGAGGCAAACGUGGCUAGCAUUUAUGAUAUUACUUUGUGUUGUUGAGAUCAUAAUCAUAUUGAUGCUGAUCUUCCUAAGAAAUAGGAUCCGGAUUGCUAUUGCACUGUUAAAGGAAGGUAGUAGGGCUAUUGGCUAUAUAAUGUCUACGUUGUUCUACCCAAUUGUCACCUUCCUACUCAUUGCAAUUUGCAUUUCCUACUGGGCUGUGACAGCUGUUUUUCUAGCUACAUCAGGAGAACCUGUGUAUAAAGUAAUGGCUAAUCAAACACUGUGCAAGUAUGCAAACCUGACUUGUGACCCAGAGACAUUUAAUACAACCAAUGUAACAAAAUUAUGCCCAGGUGCUCAAUGUACAUUUGCUUUUUAUGGAGGAGAAAGCCUGUACCAUAAGUACAUCUUCAUCUUUCAGUUAGCCAAUGCCUUUGUCUUUCUCUGGCUGGUAAACUUUGCAAUUGCACUGGGUCAGUGUACCCUUGCUGGUGCCUUUGCCUCUUACUACUGGGCUUCUCGAAAACCAGCUGAUAUUCCACUGUGGCCGCUCUUCUCUUCAUUUGGACGGGCAAUACGAUACCAUACUGGUUCACUGGCAUUUGGAGCCUUAAUUCUUGCAAUUGUCCAGCUGAUCAGAGUAAUACUGGAGUACUUGGAUCACAAACUGAAAGGUACACAGAACUCCUUCACUAGAUUUCUACUCUGCUGCCUCAAAUGCUGUUUCUGGUGUUUGGAAAGAUUCUUAAAAUUUAUAAACAGAAAUGCCUACAUCAUGAUUGCCAUAUAUGGUAAAAACUUCUGCACCUCGGCAAAGGAGGCAUUCUUUCUGCUCAUGAGAAAUGUGGUGAGAGUUGCAGUUCUGGACAAAGUUACAGACUUUCUUUUAUUCCUGGGGAAAAUUCUCGUAGCUGGUGGUGUAGGUGUCCUUGCGUUCUUCUUCUUCACACAGAGAAUACCAGUCUUUGCCAAGGAAGCACCAGCACUAAAUUACUACUGGGUACCACUGUUGACUGUCAUUAUUGGCUCCUACCUAGU